CGCUGGCUCUUUUACUCUACCGUUAAUACAGUUACUUUAGUUGCACCCACCACCCCCGCCCCCAAAUCUACCUUCGAUCCUUUCUCUCUGUGUCGGAACGGACAGCGAGGUGACGGUAAGGCAGGAUAUGUGGCCGUCCGGCUUGCGGGUGAUGGUGGUGGACAACGCCUCACGCUACCUCGGCCUCAUGGAGCGGCUGCUGUUGCAGUGCAACUAUCAGGUGAUGUCUUGGAGUGAAGAAUUCGGCAUGAUGAUGAACUAUAUAGCCCACGGAGCUUGCGAUUUCCUGAUCAAGCCACUGAAGAUUAAGGAACUGAGAAAUAUAUGGCAGGAUGUGUUCGGAAACAAAUGGGAUAGCGGUAUGAUACGAUCGGGUAGUCUCGUGAAGAAACAAAAGGAUUGCAUACUACCCAUUCGAGAGGCGGAUGGAGUCGUCACCGACGUCUGUGACCUCAAGAAGGCCAGACUACAGUGGACGACGCAACUCCAUCAAUCAAUUCGUGGCAGCAGUGAACGCUCUUGGGCUCGACAAGGCGUUGCCAAAGAAAAUUUUGGAGAUCAUAUGAACGUCCAACAUCUAACAAGGGAGCAAGUUGCCAGUCAUCUGCAGAAGUACCGACUGCAGCUGAAGAGGUCGAGUUCGUGGAUGGCCGUGGAGAGCAUUGAAUCUUCCACGUUUGAUGCCAAUGAGGAAACGCAGAACAACGAGUUCGUGGUGCCGAAUCUGUCAGCAGCUUUGGGCCAAUUGGAUGCGGUGGUGAUGGGGAACUAUGGCAACAAAGCUGGUGAAUCCUCGAGCAGCUCGCGCGGCACGACCGAUGACCUCAACACCUGCUUCGGCGAUGGCUUCCGUGAACCGAACAGGCCCCCGGCGUGAGAAGCCUUCGGCCCCUGUUAUUGGACACUGGAUUCUUAGAAGUCACUGCUAAAAGGCUUUGUUUGCGUUGAGAAGGGGAUGGAGUAAUCUUUGAAUGGUAUGCUUAGCUUCCGCA